UGGCAGUGGCAGUGCCUGGCGGCUGUAUGCACACAGCCCGAGCUGCCGCGGCUGUGAUGAGCAGUGAGCGAUGCGAGCGGGGAGACUGCAGAGGGAAGGCGGUGCGGAGGCCGCGCGGAACGGGCGGGUUGCGGGUCUCUGGCCGGAUGCGAUGUGCGGGCAGACAGCGGCGGGCGGCGGGCGAGGAGCCAACGGCUGCCCGGGGCGGUGAGGAUGUGGAGCCAGUGGGCGGGAUGCGAUCAGAGACAGUGAAGCCGGGACUCCGCACUCCGCCUCUCCGCAGACACAGUAAGCUGGCCUCUCUCGGCCGCAUCUUCAAACCCUGGAAGUGGAGGAAAAAGAAAACGGAGAAAUUCAAACAAUCGUCAGCCGCGUUGGAGAAGAAGAUUUCAGGCAGGCAAAGCCGGGAGGAGCUAAUCAAGAAAGGUUUGCUGGAGAUAUUUGAACAAGCAGUGAAUGAAUCACCAUUGGAACAUGAGCCAGCUGAUAGGGGUGCAGAGCGUCCUCCAAACCCUGCCCCCAGCCGUGCUGCGUCCGCCCCCGGAUCCCCACACCCUGGGCAGGAGGUCACCUUGGAGCCGGUUCAGCUCCAAGGAGACCCCGUUUACACCCCCCCCAGCAUCGUAGAUCUCUCCCCCUGCGUCAUAAGCUCUUCCCCAGUGCCCGAGACCUUUGCCCCAGCACCUGAGGCCCUCACCUCUUUUCUCCGUGUCUCUGCAGUGAUCAGCACUGAACACUCUCCUCUCAAGACCUCACCACCUCUAGUGCCAAAGAACAGCACAGGCCGGUCAGCUCCCUUCUCGUUCUGCACUCUGCCCCGAGCCUCGGUGCCCGCGCGGCACCCUGUGAGCAGGCUGUCCGCGGCCUCCCCGUGCCCAGCGUCGCCGCUCCGCGUGCCACCGCCCAGCCACAUCAUCGAGGAGCUGCACAGAGCCCUGGCCGUCAAACACCAGCAGGAGAGCUUUCACGAGACGGAGAGCAGGGCGUCGCCGCGGGGAAGGACCGAGAGGCGGCUGAGCCGGCAGAACAGCCGGGAGCAGUUGCCGGGGCUGGGGUCAGGGUCCCAGCCCAGCGGCCAGGCCGAGUCUGACGAGGACAAGGAGAACAGGGCGCUGGAGGGCGACUGCCAGCCCGACAGACCUGAGCCUUACCUCACUGGUUCAUUGCCCAGGAGUGUGUGUAAGAAGGAGCUGCUGGCCGUUAAGCUGAGGAACCGGCCGUCCAAACAGGAACUGGAGGACCGGAACAUCUUCCCGAUCCGGAGCCACGCGGAGCGCCAGGAACUGCGGCAUCAGAUCCAGCUCAAGCUGUCCAGGCGCCUGAGCCAGAGACCCGCAGCCGAGGAGCUGGAGCGCAGGAAUAUCCUGAAACAGAGGAAUGAUCAAACUGAACAGGAAGAGAGACGAGAGAUCAAACAGCGGCUGAACAGAAAGCUGAACCAGCGGCCAACAGUUGAUGAGCUGCGAGACCGGAAAAUCCUCAUUCGCUUCAGUGAUUACGUGGAGGUGGCGAAAGCCCAGGAUUAUGACCGGCGAGCGGACAAGCCCUGGACACGACUAUCCGCAGCCGACAAGGCAGCCAUUCGUAAAGAACUUAAUGAAUACAAAAGCAACGAAAUGGAGGUGCACGCAUCCAGCCGGCAUUUGACAAGGUCAGGACAUUUUAUGCUUAUUUGUGCAAUUGUUAGUGUGAACAGCACAGCAGGAUUGCUGUGCUGUUUGACUGUUUUCAUCGAGGCUGAGGUAUCGGAGAUCCCAGAAGGUUGCUCUGUGGUGAAAGACAAACUGAUAGUUUUCCCCAAUGACCCAUCGAGAAGCCACAGCUUCCCCAAUAACCCACUGUGGAGCAGGUUUCCCCGUCACGAGCCUCUCCCACAAUCCUAUUAA